AUGCGCGCCGGGGCCCGCGCUAGCCUCAUUAUCCUACUGCCGGAAAGAGCUCGUAGGUGCCUCGUUAGCGCAGACGACGGGUUUUAUUUGCUCGUCUGUGCACAAGGAGACCCCGGCGUCCGCGCUUUUCCGCAGAGGGGUCUCCGGUGCGUCGCUGGGCUCCGCCUCGCCUCCCGGAAGAACCGGUCCCCGCCCGCUGUCAUUGCUGUGAGGUCUUCUUUCCCUGCCCCGGGCCCGGUACCGAGGACUGGAAGGGAGGCCGAGGCACGACGACAGGGGGACACACGCAGGAGACUGGCCGCGACCCCGUACGCCUCUGACAAAACCGCAGCUUCCCCUGCGCGCUGCGGAGGUGGGGAGGGGGUGCCCAGGAGGCAGCACCCCUGCCGCCCAGUCCUCCCCCGCCCGGCCGCCCGACAGCAGGGCAGGCUGCGGCUGCGGGGCUCGGGAAGCGGCCUGCACGAGCGGGCCGGGCGGCGGAGGGCACUGAUCACCACCGGGCAGCGUGGGCCUGCGGCGCUGGGAGGCGGCAAGACCCGAGGGGGCGGCCGGGAGUGGGGGAGCGCUCUUAGCAGGGGGUGCUGGCGGCUGCGGGGCGGAGCGGGACCCGGGGCCGUGCUGCCACUGCGGCCGAGACAGGUGCACUUGCAAGUGCGGUCGUCACCGACGGUUCCCGGUCCCUUGCUCAAGGAGUCGUGGUGCCAGUGCGGAGAUCCUGCCGUUUGUCAGCUGGGUUUUUUUCCGAGGAUACGUUCAGACACGACUCCAGAAGCUGUGCCGAGUGCACUGGUACCAGCGAAUUAAGCCAUGGCGGUGCUUUCCUUCACCGCGGCUGCAGUACUGGCCAAAGUGGAAUCACUGUGGAAAGGACUUUAGCAAGUGCUCAACUGCUCAGCUUUAGAGAAUUCCUACCGGAGAAAAACCAUAUGAAUGUAAUAAAUCUGAAAAGGCCUUUAACCAAGUGAAUAAUUUAUUCAACACCACUGAAUUCAUACUGGACAGAAACCCUUAAGUGUAGCCGAUGUGGAGAAUUCAGCUGAAGCCCCAAAUUUAUCCAACAUGGAACACUUCACACUAGAAAGAAACCUUAUGAAUGUAAUAAAUAUGAAAAGGCCUGUAGGAACCGCUCUGCUUUAACAAGCUCAAGGGAGUCCUGGAGAGAAACUUCUAGAAGAUAGCCAGAGUGGGAAGAAUUUUAGCUAAGCUCAACCUUUCUUCAAUUCCCAGGGAAUUUACAUUGUAAAGAAAUUGGGGUUAAGUUGAAGAUAUGUCAAGAAGCAGGAAGAGAUCAGAAAUGUAGUUAGUUCAUACAUUAUGUGCGCUAGAGUCUGAAAAUGCCAACCAAGCACAUAUGACCAGAGAUUUAGCCCAAUAUCUUAAAUUUGCUAUGGCAGUGACGUGAUCAAGACUAUUAUUGGGAGAACUAGAGUCUGAGAAAACUGAAGGAAUUGAUAGUUAGAGCUUCAUUUGGUUGAGGGUGUGCCUGUCACUAGAUAAAUGGAAACUUUUUAAAAAUCAAAUACUGUAACACUAUAAAAGAGGUGUGUGUGUUUGCAAAACCAGUCUGAGUAGGUGUGAGUGCUGGUAAAAAGGGGACCUGAAGUAGAGGUGAAAAUCUGGCUUUAUAUAGCUGAUUCUGGCUGGAUCAGGAUAUUUUAGAAUUUGAAUCCUUUUAGGUGAGCAGGCGAUUUUGAGUUCACCCAACUUUCCAUUCUACCCUGUACGUUUUACGUUCCGUGACUUCCUGUUGCCAGACACGCACCAGCCUGGCCCAUGAAGGCACGUUUGCCACUGACUGAAAAUGGACAGAGAAGUAGGCUGAGGAAAGUGCUCUUGGGAAACCAAUGCCUUGCAUGAGGACUUUGCCUAUUGGACAAGAGAGCAUUUUGCUUACUGUCAGUAUUUGGUUUACUAUAAGAUUAUGCUUAAAAAAAAAUUAUGCUUCAUGACCGCAGACACGAGAAUUACUACUAUGUAUUGCAUGCUUACUCUGUGUCAAGCACAGUCCCAGAAUUUUACAUUUUAAUUUAAUCCUCACAUCGGGUCCCCGAGUGAUUUCUACCCUCCUUUUAGAAAUGGGUUCAGGGAAGGUUCUGGAAAUAAUUACCCAAGAUGAGGAAGUUGUGAGUAGCCCUGCUGUGGAGCAAAGAGCCAGAGCGGGGAGAGCAGGCGGGGCUGUCUGGAGAAGCAGAGACAGAGACCAGGGUGGGCUCCCUGGGGA